UAAAUCCAUUAAGUAAAAGUGUGAAUACUUUUUAAAUAUUCAUUGAGUUCACGUAAUAAAAAAGCAUAUCCCUAAAAUUUGAAGUUCAUGUUUCUAAUUUCUAUUUUAUAUUAAAGUUGUUAUGAUAAUACAGUUUAAAGAGGAAGGAUGAGAUCUCCGACCCAUAAAAAUGUAUUCAAUCGUAGUUUAUAUAAGAAAUUUCAUGCUUAUAAGUCUAUUUAAUAACUUAUAUCUCACUUGAAGACAUAUAGAAAACUAACAAAUCAAAUUUAACAUUGUUAAAAUGUUUUUAAACUUGUGGCUAAUAUUUUCAGUUUUUUAUGUUUUCUUAAAUAAAAAUAUUUUCCUGAAAGCUGAAAACAGUGGUGAGAUUUGUUCAGAACCCAUGAAAACUGGUGUUUGCAAAGCUGCAUUUUAUCGUUAUGCUUACGAUAAAACUGAAGACCGUUGUAUUCAAUUUAUUUAUGGUGGUUGUCAAGGCAAUGGAAACAAUUUUGAUACAUUAAAUGAAUGCUUAAAAGCUUGUAAACCAACUUGUCUACAGUCAUUACAAACGGGUAAAUGUAGAGGGUCUAUUCCACGUUUUGGAUUUAGUUCAGAAGAAAAUAAAUGUGUGCAAUUUAUUUACGGUGGUUGCGAUGCAAAUGAAAAUAAUUUUCCAACUUUGAAAGAAUGCCAGAGUCAAUGUGAAGAAUAAUUUUUUUCAGUUGAAGAUAAAGCACCUAAAAUAGUACUUGACAAUUGAGAUUCAUGAAGGAACAUAUACGAGGCCCAUGUUUGCUCCCAAUUUUAAUUAGAUUUUUUUUGUAUAAAAUUGGAAUGUGUAGCUAAAGAAUCUUGGUUAUAUAUAAUAUUAAAUAAAAUAAUUAUUUUAUCAUGUUAUGUUAAUUAAUAUAAAUGUUCUUUUAUUACAAUAAAAAAUAGAUAAUAAUAA